GAGCCGGUGAGGAGGGGCGAGCUGGAGGGUGUGAUGCUGAUAUUUAGCCUGAGGAAAACAGGAUCUCUUCAAUCCACAGCGAUGGGUGACCUGCAUGAUGAACCGAGUGAAGGUCCAGGUCGCUGUUUUGGUCUCUGUUGUCGUUGCUGGAGCUCUCUCUCGGUGGUGGUUGCUUCCAUCCGAGCUUCUAGCAGAUGCGGGGCAGUGUGGGGGUGGAUCUCAUGGUGGGGCUUCGGGUUAUUUAAUGUGUUUCUCCACGAUAUCUUAUCGAUGAGAAGGAACAACCACCUCAUGAACACCACCAGGUCGUUCUUUCCGGCCUGGAUUAUUUUUAAGUGGCGGAAUCUUCGUUUUAGGAACCUGCAACACACCAAUGGACCAAAACCGGGGAAGAAUUGACACCUAUCAUACGCCAUCACAUGCGGACAACACAUGCGAUGUAUGUUGCAAUGAAUUGGCCGGGUGAAUGCUCUUCUCCAAAUCGACUCCAACUCGCAGUCUGUCGGCCCCUCUUCCAGAAUUCUUCCGGAUCGACUCGAACCACAACUUGAGAGGAAUCGUUGUACGCCUUCAACAUGUAUCUCAUAUGCAAGGAACCGCCUGGCACGACACCAAGGCCGGAAAACGUGAUUGAUGCUCUGCCACUCAUCGGACCCAUAUGUACUUAGACUUCCAACAUCUCCAAUCAAUCUCAUUUCAUUCAAUUUUGGCCUUUCUUUCCUGCCUAACAUUGACCCCUGGCCUUGGCUUUGACAGACAGAAUGGAGCCACUCAAUGUGUUGAUGGUUGGUACCGGCGAGUACACCACAGGUUUCGUAGGGACCGGUGGCUCAGCAUCGGACAAGAAGGUAGGCGUAGUCGGUCUCUCCAUGUUUGACCUCAGACGAAGGGGCAAGGUCGGCAAACUUGGGAUGGUGGGUGUGAAUGGGACGAAAUACCCAGCAAUCAGGGAACACCUCCAUAAAAACAUCACCCUAGCCUACAACAACCUUGACACCUCAUUCGAGUCCUUCCCCUCCGACGACACAAAAGAUCCCGACGCCUACAAGACCGCCAUCGACGCCCUCAAACCCGGCGAUGCCAUCACAAUCUUCACCCCAGACACCACCCACUACCCCAUUGCUCUCUAUGCCAUCGAGCGAGGAAUCCACGUCAUGAUCACCAAACCUGCAGUCAAACUCCUCGAACACCAUAUCGCCCUCCUCGCCGCCGCCGAAAAACACGGCGUCUACGUCUAUGUCGAACACCACAAACGCUACGACCCCGCCUAUGCCGACGCAAAGUUCAGAGCCAAAAAGCUCGGUGACUUCAAUUAUUUUUACAGUUACAUGUCCCAGCCCAAAUUCCAACUCGAGACGUUCAAGGCCUGGGCAGGGAUUGACUCGGAUAUCUCCUACUACUUGAACAGUCACCAUGUGGAUAUCUGUGAUUCCAUGGUGUCCCAACUUGGCUACGUUCCUGUCAAGGUCUCCGCCUCAGCAUCAAAAGGAGUAGCCACCAGUCUCGGCUGUCACGAAUCAACCGAGGACACCAUCUCCCUACUCGUGCACUGGGAGAAGAAGGACGACCCUUCGAAGCAUGCCACGGGUGUAUACACCGCUUCCUGGACAGCGCCCCAAAAAGCAGGAGUUCACUCCAACCAGUACUUCCACUACCUGGCUCGAGAUGGCGAAAUCACCAUCAACCAAGCCAAACGCGGGUAUGACGUUGCAGAGGAUGCAGCGGGUCAGUUAAUUUGGUAUAACCCUUUUUACAUGAGGUACGCGCCUGAUGAGGAUGGGAACUUCAACGGGCAGAGUGGGUAUGGGUAUGUGUCUAUGGAGAAGUUCGUUGAUGGCUGCCGGUCCGUUAAUGCGGGAGAGUUGAAGCCGGCGGAUUUGGACAAGAAGGGGCUUCCGACGCUGAGGAACACAAUUGCUACGACAGCGAUUUUGGAGGCGGGCAGGAGGAGUAUCGAUGAGGGGAGGGAGGUGAGGAUUGAGCAGAGGGAUGGGAACUGGAGCCUUCUUUGAUCGGUUGUGUAUUAUUUCGCGCAAUGGCGCUAUGUUGGUUAUCCUCCUGAACGUCACGCCUUCCAACCCAAACAAAGGAAACAGAAAGAUCAUCAGGCCCAGUAACUGCCAGCUACGAAUCGGGGCCUGCUAAGCCUGAGACUGAGCGGGAACAUUGCGAACCCAAAAAUUUGAUGCCCUAAACUUCGCCUGAGCUAGAUUUUCCGACUGCAGAUAUUCCCUCACGGAACUGUGCACCAGCCUGACCUGGUUGUGCUCGAUAACCACGAGCCCUGGGCAGCAGAGAAGGAUAUCCUCUGCGCCAAGCCCCAUCCUCAAGGUGCCAUCAACUUCCGCAACAGUCAGCGGUCGCUCAGCAGAGCAGAGCAAUGUCAAGAUGCUCCUUGCAUCUUCGAGAAAGCCUUGUUCGACAUAUAGAAGCAUACGCUCAUAGGUUUCACACAAGGGGUAUGGCACAGAGGAAAACAAGCUCUUGACUGGUGCUUCUACCACCGGGCAGGAUUCUAGGGCUGUGAGCAUACACUCGACCCAUCGGAAUCUAGGAAAAUGUGGUAGUAUCUUGGGAACUCAUGAAUGGGUGCUUGGAAGGAUAUAAGACUUACGAUCCCUCCGCUCUCGAAAUAAGAGCACCCUGAAUGAGGGGAUGAAAUUGUCUCACCCUUUGAAGAUUCCGGUUGUUCCGCAGGGUUCCAGUGACAAACGUCUCAAUGUCCAAGUCGACAUUGUUGAUCUUGACCUCCUCGUGAGUGGCCAGGCGAAGAUAGUCUCGGAUAUCUGGCUCAUCGCGGUU